GUGUCGGACCUCUCUAAAAAGAGCUCCCUCACUACCACCUGCAGGACUAAAACCUGCAGUAAAGGCUGGACGGAACUUACAGAGAAGCCCCGUCAUAGCCCUCACCACAGGGUCCAGAUUUCCCCUGUAAUUAUCAAGAUGGUUUCCUGGCCCCUCGUUAUCCUCUUUGGAGAUUCAAUCACUCAGUUUGCAUUUGAAACUAACGCAUGGGGAGCGUCGCUUGCUAAUAAGCUUGUUAGAAAAUGUGACGUUGUCAACCGUGGUCUGUCUGGGUACAACUCCAGAUGGGCCAAAAUCAUCCUACCAAAGCUGAUCUCCAAAAGCUUUGAGAACAUCGCUGCAGUCACUAUCUUCUUUGGUGCUAAUGACAGCUCCUUAAAAGAGGAGAAUCCUCAGCAGCACGUCCCCCUGGAGGAAUAUGCAGAGAAUUUAAGAAGUAUGAUUCAGUAUUUGAAGAGUGUUAAUGUCACACAAGGAAAAAUCAUUUUGAUCAGCCCUCCGCCUAUUCAUGAGCCAUCCUGGGAAGAGCAUUGUCAUAGUAAAGGAUACAAGCUGAAUCGCCUGAACUCUGCUGCUGGGGCAUAUGCCAAGGCUUGUGUUCAGGUUGCCAAUGAGUGUGGCACAGAUGUUCUGGAUUUAUGGACAUUAAUGCAGGAAAGAGGCCAGGACUACACUGAGUAUCUCUCCGAUGGGCUUCAUUUAUCUGACAAAGGCAACCAGUUCCUGGAGUCCAAUCUGUGGCCAAUCCUGGAGAACAAGCUGGGUGCUCUGCCCUUCAUCUUGCCGUACUGGAACGACGUCGACUUUAAAAACCCAGAAUGCUGCCUUCUCCACAACAGCACUGAGAAAGCAGAGGACUAGCUGCCCAGACUGUGCUCAUCAGACCACUACUAACCAUAAUAUAAAUAAAUGUGUACAUAAGUGCUGCAAAACACUGUUCACUUGAGCGGUCUGGAAAUGUAUCGUUUCUAAUUCUGAACAUUUUAGGGAAGGAAAAAAAAUACAACGUGGAAGGUUGCACUGAACAGUAAUUAAUGCAUCCCUUUCUGGUGGAGUUCUCAUCCAAUACAAUUUGGAUACCCCCCAAUAUAUCAGCUACAAUACAAUCCGUUAAGUCCUUCUUUAUAAAAUCAACAUAUUGUGUGGUAGGUGUGCUGAAAUAAUUUUUAUUGUAUAAUCCGUAGAUGGAGACUCAGAGGAAACUGUAAAUGUGUUCUCCUGCCGAGAAGAUGUUUUUGUAGAAGUACUUGUGAUAUGUACCCAUAUAUGAAGCACGACAUCAAAGAUAGAAAAGCAAUUGCAAUGAUCAUGUGAACAUUGCAUGAAAUGCAAGAAAAGAAAGAGACAAGGCAUCGUCUAAACAGACAAAUUGAACUUAUUAAUAUUUUCUGUAUAUCUCCGCUUUGGGCAGUAAACAAUAAAUACACCAAAUGAGCGACUA